AGGCGCUCCCCAAACUGCCCCCGCAAUCCAUAGAAAGAAUGUGAUAUUGAUUCCUCCUUUGUAGUUUACUGGUGUACUCUACACCCGUGAACUCUGGGUAUGUCAUCAUCAUCGUGGUUGGAUGAUGUGUAUGCUUCUUUACGACGCUUUGCUCAUAUUUGAAAUACCUACAUAUGUACGUCACUUCUUACCAAUUAUGUAUUUCACUCGUAAUUCAGACCUUAGACCGUAAGAGAAACUAUCUUGUCUCGCCAGUGGUAGAGAAUGACCACCAGAGGCGUAUGAUGAUGAUGAUGAUGACGAGGCAUGUUUCCAGUAUACGUGUGACUGUGUGUAAGCAUCAGAGGAAGCAAUGCCAUAGAGCUCUCCAAAAUAAAACGGAUGAAGAUUGUAAUCGUUAUCCGAUCAGAUCGACUAUUGGUAGUACUGUAGUAUCCACUGGUAGGACGAGUGUUUAAGUAAAUAUGCAUCUACUCGUACUCCAAGAGUAAGUCAUUAUAUCAGCAUAGUUACUUGAUUGCAUUGAUUUUUUCUUCAAGUUUACUGCUUGGCUUGGCUUCGCCCCCUUCGCCCUUCGGCGAAAGUGAAUCGAGAAUAGAGAACUUUUUACCAGUACUUUUUUAGAUUGAUAAUUAUACCCCUCAUCUUAUUCCUCGUCUUGUUCCUUUCCACGAUUCGUUGUCAUUGUUAUUUGGAGGAUCUUCUGGGGGCCAAGUCUGUUGCGGUGUUUACUGUUCUGCGCACAAUUAACCGAUUUUAUUGGGCUUUUGUCUCCGAUCCGCAGCAAGCCUCGAAGUUACGAAACGAGAAGUGUGUGGUUACUAUGGCUGAUUGGAUAUUAUUUACACCUUUGGCGACUCCCGGACUUCAUCGAUCAGGGCACGAUUCUACAUUUUCAGUGGGUCGAAAGAGUAUUUGAGAAGUUGAACAGAUUGUAAGCCAAAAAGGAGGACGAUUUUUUGCCAGGCAGCAGGAUGGGUUGUGGCAAUUCCAAAGUUCGAGCUGUGGCUCCAGGAGAGGACCCCCUGGUGCUGGAGGAUCCCAUCUUGAAGUUAGAAAGUGUCCCACUUUCUGAGCUGGAGGUGGUAACAGAUGGCCUGAAAAACGUGGAUUCCCUCUGGGUAUGCCGGGAGGGUGCCUUUCUCGACGCCUUUCCGUCACGAACGCUGAAUCGGAAUCCGUGCUUCGGUAUCUAUAAUUUUUGCAAAAACUACAAAACCAGAGUAACUGGAUUCUCAAACAGUGGUUAGCUGUCCUUCACAACUGCGAUGUUCUGUUUUGUAUGUCUAUGAGCAGGACCAGACUCGUAACUCCCUUCAAGUAAGAAUAGCCAGUGACUUGAAAGAGUUACUCUACCUCAGAGAAUAUCGCCUCAGAGAAAGCUUAAAAUCAAGAAUCGCUCAACUACAUCAGAAUCCCUGGAGGAUGCACAGAUGAUGUGCAUGCGACUGCCGUUUGCGGGUGGCGUGACGCAGGUGGGCGAGAAUACGUGGGAGGUUCGUUUUGGGUCCCAUAUGCGUGCAGAUAAGAUGCACAUAGCGCAUAAGGAUCUUAAUUUUCCAGUACAUUAUGUAAAGCAGGAGGAUAGUUUUCGCAUGAAAAGUUGGGUUUGUGCGCUCAAAGGGGUACCCAGGCCAGAGGAAAACGAGAAGAGGCUGCUGGUAAAGCACACUAGAACGGAGUCGGAAGGUGCAUUUUCAGCUGGAGAAGGAAAUUCUCUGCGGAAAAAAAGGGGCAAAGCAAUCGCAAAGAGAGCAGAAGCGGAGGAUACCGGCAGGGCAAGGAAUGCGAGAAGGGACGGCAGUAAAGAGUCUGCGCCUUCGGAGGCGUCAAGUAGCGGGCUCGUGCGUAGUAGUUCGAAGUUGCUGCUGCCGUCGUUGUCUUCAGAUGCCUCGUCCCUUAUAGGCAAGGUCUUGGGUAUAAGCAGCAGUCCGGCGGCUACUUCUCCCGUGAAUUCGCAAGGCCCUUCGAUGCUUGAUCCUGAUGGCGGAGCCGGUGAGGAUAUUACUCCACGCGGAGGCCUCACUGAAUAUCUGCCCGGCGGUCCUGUCGUUGGAGACGGAGGUGUUGAAACGCCGUUUUUACCAAAAACAAGUGCUCCGCACCAUCAGCACCGCUCUUCGUCCGAGGGAGAUCCGCCACAUCAUGUGGUACAUCCGGCGACCCCCGCACUCUCGAGUGAUGGGUCCCACCCGGUUGUCACGUUCAACGUUCCACGUGAUGCCAAUACAGUGUCGAGCAACCAUAAUCUUGCUUCUGCGGGACUUCCAGACCAACAUCAUGUCCACCACUUUGGAAUAACAAGGCAACACUCAAAAAGCGAAGAGACGGUGAGUGGUACAGCCAGUGCUGCAGACUCGAUGGACGAAGGCCACCACGAAGAGGCGGACGGGGACACACUGCAGGCCGAUUUCGAUUUCAAUAUGCAGCGAGAGAGCCACAUCUUAGCGGCCCGUGUGGCGCGCCUCGAACAAGAGCAAGUCUCGAGAAUUCCGUCGCAGCAGCUGUUCAUAGAGAGUGUCGAUCAAUUCAUCCAGGGUAGCUACACCCUCGUGGACGGUGUAACUCAUCAUGAUUUGCCGGUCUGGAAAAGGGAGAUAACGAAUCCGAGUCACCCGAAGCGGAAAGGAGGAAAGCGUACUACUUCAUUCUAGAUGACCGUAAUUUUAUGUUGGAUUUGUGUUUUGAGCUGCCUUAAGGUGGCGCUUGUCUAUAAGGGUAACGAUUUAGUUAUCUAGAUAUAACCCACUUUUUCGAGGAUUAAAAGACCUGAAUUUCUUCUCUUUGAUUUCCGCAUACAGAAUCAACUUUUCUCGCGCACACUGGGGAUUGCUGGGCGCUAAGUAAGACGACGACGCCUGAUAGUGCGGGGCUCGAGAGCGCAAUUGUGACUUGUGGGCCGAGCGUAGGGCCGUUUUCGCCUUUGAUCUACAAUGACUGGGAAGACCGUUGCGGCAUUGUCGUGACUGACCUGAGGUCAUAUGAUUACCACCCGGUUGCCGUCGGUAGAAGCACUACGGAACAAAUGAUUAUAAACUCAUAAGAACGUGCUCUGUUGAUUUUCAGAAUUUGAGCAUCUAUUUUUCGAAUGAAACUGCUAUUAGAGCAGAAGUAUGUAAGUACUAUAAGAUGCUCGGAGGAUGACAAAAUCAAGUUUAAGCUAGCAUAAGAAGAGGAUGGGUUUAUUUUGCGCUUUUUCUUUUCUAAGCUCCGCACCCAGUUAUUUACUGAUCCUGAAUUUCCUCCGGUGACGCGGUCGCUCGGCUCGGAUGCAAAACGAUGGGCGAAAUACGAGCCGGUUUGGAUCCGUGGGAGCCAGCUUUUUCGUGGUCGUAGUGCAGUGCUAUAUGAUCGCGUGGACCCCAGCUUGUUUUCGUUUGUGAGCUGUCUUCCAGGCGCUUUGUCUUCCCAGUGGGUGCUGUCUGCGUUAGCAAGCCUCGCGGAAUAUCCUACGUGGAUCGAAAGUCAUAUACUCUGCGACGAGGAAGAUCCUCCACAACAGCAUAGUACUAAUGAUCAACUACAUAAUGCUGCCUCUACUGGAACAACGGGAGACGCGCUUGUAGUACAUAGCAGCAGAAGUGCUGGAGGCAACAACAAGUCGGGAAGGUUGAAACAAACCAAAGCAGAUGUGCGACACAGCGGAAAGUACACGUUCAAUUUAUACGACGUAGCGAUGCGAGAGUGGACCAAGGUAACAGUUGACGAUUUUCUCCCGUGUGACGGAAGGAAAUGGAGCCCUUGCUAUGCGAAGCCGCUCUUCGCGCGACCCGUAUCAUCUUCAUUCACUAAUUCCUUUUGUUGUUCUGUUCUCUCUAGCAUGUCACUGGAACAAGUAGAGAUAUACAUAAUUGGUCCCGUCCUGAUCAUUUUGGUAACAUAUUCAUUGAUGUGCAUUGAUAUUCAGGUUCGAAAUCAAAUUUUGGCUUGCUUGCUGGAGAAGGCGAUUGCAAAGUUGUAUGGUAGCUACGCGGCUCUGGAGGGUGGGCAAACAGGUUUUGCUUGGAUGGCGCUAACAGGUGUAGAUCGCGUAGAAAGAUGGACUUUGCAGCAGGUGCCUGGUUCUAUUGACGUUUCCUCGAAUGGAGCGGGAACGACAACUGGUAGCACCGCAAGUGAUGUUUCCAGCGCCACUCCAAGAUCUAGUGAAGGUGGUGCGGCAGCGGGACAGGUACAGUACACAGAGCAGAGGCAGCAAGUAACAUCAAAGAGACGCAGCGUCUCUCCUUAUGGCACCAGUAAGAAUGGAGCAUCAGCAAGCGGAGGUGGAACUGGUAGUGGUAACGGCAACGGGUCGGGCAGUGAGUCACCUCCCGCGUCUCUCGGAAAGAACCUUUCUGCUGCUAGUGCCAUGUCGGAAUUGAGUACGGGUUCCACGGGUACUAGUGGAGGACGUUCGGGAUUGGAUAGUCCUGGUCGAAGGGAUCGUUUGUUUCCGCCUUUGCCUCUAGUGGACGCGGAGAGGCUAGCUAGUCUGGCGACGCCAGUUUUCGAGGGUAGUCGACAAGUGUAUAUGCAGCGACUGGAUGCGAGCAAAAAACUGGAAGCACUGUGGACCCAUCUGCGAGAGUGCGAUAUGCGGCAUUACGUGAUGAGUGGUAGUAUCCCGGGACACCACAAGUUUGGGUCCGCCACAAGAGGGUUACUACCAGGAUUCUCGUACACGGUACUUCGCACUUUUGAGCUUCCCAUCGAAGACGCCUUCUGGUCUAGCGGGAGUACGAUGCGACCCCAUGCGGUGAACGGUCGAAGGGGAGACUUCACGCCACAUUCGCAGGAGGGACGCGUUCCCGUGUGCGAGGAUUCACCGCCUUCGAUGCCCAAUAGUCCUGGCAACAGCCGGACGCAAUUGGUGCCUUCGGGAAUAAGCCGGGCGAUAGCCUUCCCGCCGUCCAUUGUGGCGAACGACAGCAAAAGGUCAGCGAUCUCGCUUGAAGAACGCUCCACCGGAGGAGGCAGUCAGAGGUCAAACGGAGACCGAAGCCCUGACGUGCGAACACCGGCUGGGGAUAGAGAUGCCCUUCCAUUUGCAGGCUCUGCGCCGAAUGGCGCUAAUACCCCCGCCGGCGCACCAGGUGGCGUAAGCAUGAAUUUUUCUAGCAUGGUAUCUGGGCAAAGUACUAAGAAGACGCUGAGGCUGCUGCAAAUGCGGUCGAGAUUUAGGGAAUUUCCGUGGCGAGGACGCUGGGCAAAUGAUGACAAAGCGAACUGGGAUCGGUUAUCCAUGGCGACAAAGGUCCUCGCGAAUUUAGACGAACCGGCACCAUUCGAGCAAUGCGGCUCUUUCUACGUGCAAUGGGAGGAGUUUGUCAACGUGUUCAAGUUUGUGGGUGUGUGCCCAAAGCCGGGGCUCGGAUUGAAAAGGCCAGGGGCCGCAGCAGAUAGCAUAUCCGAUCUCAUCAAAGAGGCACGUGCAUCGCGCCUUUCCACCGACGGAGCCGCAACAUCCUGGGACCGGGGCAGGAGGAUCGACGCCCCGGAAAGCGGCAGAACUUCAUCUGUUGGCAAUAGAACGCCUUCUCACGCAGAUUUGUCCCAGGAUAUUGCAACUGUAAAGAAAAAUGCAAGCUUGCCCAACUCCAAGAACACGUCCUUGUCGCAGGAGCAAGUUGAACUCUUGGCCGGGAAAAUCAACAUGAUCCAAGACAAAAAAAACAACGAACCAGCCGAACAAGUCCCACAAGUUCCCCACGCCAACUCGCUGCCGCUGUCGCACCAUGAUUCGCAAACGACUGAUCCUGGGAGCCAUGGCACUUUCGCAAGUUCAGCAGCUGCUGAUACAACUGGCGAAGAUAUCUAA